GAGAACAUUCAUGAUCAAAACACAUGCAAUAAAUGUACAAGCACGUUUAAUCCAGGUUUAAGUUUCAUGUCCAUUUUUCUUCCCCAGAUAUCAGAUGGAAGCCACCUGGCCAGCGAUAUCAUUCCUGCAGAGUCCAGCGCUGAUGGUUUGGAGGAACAUCUGAACCAGCGGCCUGGGUGUAACCUCAUCUACUCCAUCAGUGAUCGCCCACCAUGGUACCUCUGCCUUCUACUAGGCUUCCAGCAUUACAUACUGGCUUUUGGUGGGAUCUUGGCCAUCCCUUUAAUCCUUGCAGAGCCAUUAUGCAUUAAGGACAACAAUGCAGCCAAGAGCCAGCUCGUCUCCACCAUCUUCUUUGUGUCAGGAAUUUGCACCAUGCUUCAGACCACUAUUGGGACCAGGUUGCCUAUCUUACAAGGAGGAACGUUUACUCUUAUCACACCAACGCUGGCUAUCCUGGCACUGCCCAAGUGGAAAUGCCCAAAGGGGAGCUUGACUCCUGACCUCAAUGCCACAGUAGCGUCUGUCUCCAAUAUAGACCCUGAGGAAGUAUGGAAAAUGCGCAUACGAGAGAUCCAGGGAGCGAUCCUGGUGGCGUCGCUGCUUCAAGUCAUGCUCGGACUCUCAGGGCUGGUGGGGUUUGUGCUAAAGUUCAUCGGACCACUGUCUAUCGCUCCAACCAUCAAUCUGAUCGGGCUGUCACUCUUCAUCCAAGCUGGGAAGAAGUCAGGAGCACAGUGGGGCAUUUCAGCUCUGACAGUGUUUAUCAUUCUCUUCUCCCAAUAUCUCAGCAAGGUCAAAGUCACUCUCAUUGCUUACAGGGACAAGAAGUGGAAAGUGUUUCAGUACCCUCUCUUUAGCCUAUUCUCUGCUUUGUUCGGGAUGUCUGGAGCUUGGCUGGUGUGCUUUCUUCUGACAUACUUCAAUGUUCUGCCCACUUCACCGCAUGGGUACGGCUACCAGGCCCGGACAGACAUAAACCUGGACGCGGUCAGCAGUGCUGAGUGGUUCUUCAUGCCUUACCCAGGGCAGUGGGGUCUCCCAACCGUGAGUGUCUCCUCCGUCCUGGGCAUGAUGGCAGGGGUAUUGGCAUCUACCAUAGAGUCCAUCGGGGAUUACUACGCCUGUGCACGGCUCUCUGGUGCCCCGACUCCGCCCACCCACGCUAUUAACCGUGGUAUUGCAGUUGAGGGACUGGGUUGCAUCCUGGUGGGGCUGUGGGGCAGCGGCAAUGGGACGACAUCAUUCAGCCAGAACAUUGCUGCCUUGGGGAUCACCAGGGUUGGAAGCAGGCUGGUCCUGCAGACGGCCGGCCUCCUCAUGGUCGUCCUGGGAGUAUUUGGGAAGUUCAGUGCCGUUUUCAUCAUCAUCCCGGAGCCCGUGAUCGGAGGCAUGUUCCUGGUUAUGUUCGGGAUGGUUGCUGCUGUGGGAAUAUCAAACCUGCAGUACGUGGACUUAAACUCCUCCAGAAAUCUGCUAAUCUUUGGUGUGUCUGUCUUCACUGGACUUGUGUUGCCAACAUGGUUUCAUUCAAACCCAGACACCAUCAGUUCAGGUAUAACAGAACUGGAUCAGCUCAUUAUGGUGCUUUUCACCACCCCUAUGUUUAUUGGUGGUUUCUUGGGAUUCAUCUUGGAUAACACUAUUCCAGGAACGGAUGAAGAACGAGGAAUAAAGCAUUGGAGGAAAACCAUUGAUGGCAGUACUUCAGAGAUCUUCAGCAAUCAGUCAUGUUACGAUCUGCCUUUCUGCAUGACUUUCCUUCAUAAAUUCAGGUUCCUCCAGAACCUUCCAUUCCUCCCAUCUGUUAAAUCUGUCGACCCUCUUGGAGCACACCUGUAA